GCGAAACAUCCGCAGGCAAAAGGCAACGUGGACAUUUGGGCGUCCAAGCACGGCCGUCGGUGGGGGGUCCGAUCCAGUCGAGUGGCGGUCUCCCCGUCAAUGGCAACGAGGAAAUAGCCCACAUACUGCUACGCCCCGUUCAUCAUCCCCCCACAGGAGCACGAUCACCGUUUCCAGGGCCAUGCUGGGACGCUUCCAAAACGUAGCGAGGGGACUAGCAAUGGAAAGGGGAGCGAAUAUCACGUYGACCGAUGUCCUCGGGACUUUGCUCGACUGGUGCAGAACUAAGAUUGACAAAAUGCCGCAGGGCACCCCUGCCGCAGAAUGUGUGCGAAACACGUCCCUCGGCAGCUCAGCUGCCUCGUGUCCUCGUCCAUGCAUCAGACAGGGUACAAGUACCCUGCCUGGCAACAAUCCAUCUGCCCCCAGUGGUAGAAUGUUUGAUGAAACGGUGAAAUGGACUGAUGGGAGUCCGUACUGCCCUGAGUUCGGCCCACUGGUGACUCAUGACGCAGUCAUGACCGACCUUCGGAAAUGGAAAGGAGACAAUCGGCCCGAUGUCGUUCUUAGCGAGCCUCCAAAAAUUCUCCAGCUGCUUUCUUUUUUUACCUUUUGCUGCCCUGUGCACGGUCAUGAUGGUGUUGUUCGGGUGUCCGGAAUUCGAUACUCUAGGCAGAUUGUCAUUCUAACAUUGCGUUGUCGUCCAGGUUGUCAGUGGGUAUGGCAUUCAUCAAAGCUGGAGAACACGAAGUUGAGUAGCCGAGUGACGAGCCAGAUGUAUCAUGCGGCCCUCAGCUGCGGAAUGGGAUACACCACGUUGACCGACUUUUGCCUUGCGCUGGGCAUGUGCGGCGUCCACAAGACGUCGUUUUACAUGUUCAGUCAUGGCAUGUAUGGCUUCAAUGGUUGGUGGUGUGACGUGGCCCAGCGGACUGCUGAGAAAGAUAUGACGGAGGCCGUUGAGCGCGUGCGGAAAGAAUACUCCAACAUAACCGUUCUUCUUGACGGCCGGUAUGACUCGUCUCGUGAUGCAACGCACUGUACAGUGACAGUUAUGCAUUAUGAUACCAGACUAAUACUCGGUGUCGAGAUGAUCCGAAAACGGCCAGGGGAGUCGUCGUGGACAUUGGAAACCACUGCAACCCGGAAUGUCUUGAUACGCUUGCUUCGAGUGCACAACUUGCCGAUACAAGAAGUGGUCCAUGACGACAAGGCUUCAGUUUAUGCCGUUUUGAAGGAACUCGGGCUGCGGGACCAAAAGGAUAUGUGGCACAAAGCGAAAAACUUGGCGGCUCGAUUUGAGGAACAGUUGUGUAUGGCGAGGAGGGAGCUGCCCAAAGAGGUCGAUGAUUGCGACACGUACGAAGAGCUGAAGAAAAUUCGUAAGGAAAAAUUUCGCACAUGGUUGAGGGAACGAGGUGAGGCUGUGCCGUCCACAGCCAAGGUGGCGGAUUUGUCACGGAAAAUAUGCGUGGCAUGCAUGCCCCCGGGGCAGGGUAGAUCUCUGGGGGGGGAGCCGUCUGCUGAGUCGCUGUUACGAGCAGCAAUGACCGACGCAACGACAAGCCGAUACGAGUUGACGGCGAGCGUGAAGCUGACAAGCUCUCUUCCAGCGCUGAACAAAGACUUCACUUUGGUGGGUAACUGCGGAGGCAGGGGCUGUGCGAUCGACGGGCAAGGGACGUUCCGCGGAUUCGUCACGAGUUCCUCUCUCUCGCUGUCGAACUUGGAGUUGGUGGGGAUGACGACGGUGGGAACGAACUUGAACUCUGACGGCUAUGACACGAGCGGCGGAGCCGUCUACGUGAGCGGCGGGCCGCUGACGGUGUCCAAAUGCGUGUUUCGCGGAAACAGGGCGCAGACGGCAGGCGGCGGCGCCAUCGCCAUGUUAGACUCGCAGUUCACCAUCACCGACAGCACGUUCACAGACAACAGCGCCGAUGGUUCGGGAGGCGCGCUCAUUGUGUGGAGCAACAGCUUCGGAGAGCUGAAGAACACCGGGCUGUCUGGCAACAAGGCGGGGCUUUUCGGCGGGGCGGCGUACUUCAGAGAAUCCAGUGUGAAGGCGCUGUCCUGUGCCUUCGCGGCCAAUAAGGCGGGAGAGAACGGAGGAGCGCUGUUGCUGAGCGAGUCCGACGCCACCAUAGCCAAGACCUCCUUCACCGCCAAUUCCGCUCCCAAAGGACUCGGAGGGGCCCUUCGCGUUCUCCUUGAGGAUCGUGAGGUUGUGAUCUGCAGCUCCACGACCUUCGCAGGCAAUUCAGCCCAGGACAACACCACCAAUGACGCCUCCUGCACGUGCCGCAGCGACCGAGGAUGGGGAAAAGAAGUGGAUGAAGAGGAGGCGAAGAAGAAGGAGGAGCAUACUGUUCAGCAGUCCCCGCACAAGUUAAAAUGAGGAUAGGGCAUCAAAGAUUUUGAGGAGGAGAAGAAGAGGAAGGAGAAGAUGUUUCUGGGUCUCCCCCUUACCCCGUCCCUCCCCUCGCACUACCCUCUUCCUCCGAACACGCGCACCUUAAUUUUCUCUGCACCAGAGGGGAAAGAUAGCUUGUAUACCUUUUCUAUCAGGCUUGUGUUCUGCGAAAGACUUUAGAGCACGUUCUCUCUCUCUCUCUCUCUCUCUCUCUCUCUCUCUCUCUCUCUCUCUCUCUCUCUUACACAUUGUGUGGAUUGUGUUCGGCGAAAGACAUCAGAGCACAUGCUCUCUCUCUCUCUCUCUCUCUCUCUCUCCUCCCCUUUCCCUCUCCCACUUCCCCCCUUCUUUUCCUCCUUUCUUUCUUUUAUUCUUUCUUUCGUUCCUUUUCGAACAAAUUACAUAUCCCGUU